AUGGUCUCAUUUGGAAAAUGUGACAAGAGUAGACAUCAAAUUGAUAAUGAGACUAUCAAAAAAUCUGGUCCUGGUUUCAGACACGGUCACACGGUCAGUCUAGACAUCAGUGAGAUGUCAGGCAAUGCAGGGAGCUCAAGUGAUCAGAAUGACAAUAGCUCAGUGAGUAAGAAGACUUGCAUGAGACUAGAAAUAGCAAGACUUCAGCAUGAGGUUGAGCGAAUGAAGAUCAGUAGGGGUGACUCUGCAGGUGAUGAGAUGAGAGCAGAUCUGAUAGAAUACCUUCAAUGA